AUGUUGAUUUUUCACAUAUUAUCAAGUAUAAUAUUUCGUGCAGUUAUAAUUGAAGCACGUGUAGUAUUAAUUAGUCAAACUCAUCGAUCGGAUGUAAAACAUUUUGAAUCCAAACUCGACACGAAUACAGGUUAUUGGUCACCUAGUACUAGUUCAAUUGAUUGGUGUGAACGAAAUUAUGUCGUAACGCAAUAUAUUGCUGAAUUUUGGAAUUGUAUUUCAAGCUUGGUUAUGUCUUUAUUAGCUGGAAUAUUAUUCAUUCGAGGUUUAUACAAUAAAAUUGAAAAUCGAUUUCUAUUGCUUACUUUAUCUUUUGGUAUUGUCGGAUUCGGUUCUGCUUAUUUUCAUGGUACACUCACACAUUUAGGUCAAAUGGCGGAUGAACUUCCUAUGGUCUAUUCAAUGAUUAUCUCUUGGUUUAUUCUCUUUAGAAUGGAUAAAUUCAAUAAAUUAAAAGAUAAAACUUAUGCAUUUGACUUAGCAAUCGUAUUUGGAAUAUUUUAUGCAGUUUUAUGGACUUAUUUGCACAGUUUACAAACAUUUGUCAUCCUUUUUCAAGUACAUUUUACAUUGAUGGUGUUAGGAGCAAUUAUAAAAAUGAUUUUUUUAUAUCGACAAACACAACAUCAUACAAAUUCUGUCAUGUAUUUAAUCAUGAUAUAUGCUGGUUUAAUAGUUCCGGCUUUGACAUGUUGGAUUAUUGAUCAACAGUUAUGUGAACAAAUGAAUAGUAUAGGUGGAUUUAAUCCACAAUUGCAUGCUUGGUGGCAUAUAAUUUGUGCCAUUGACUCUCAUGUGGGAAUUAUAUGUAUCGAAGCGAUGCGUCUUUUAUCGAUAAAAUAUCAACAGCAUCAAGUAAAACAUGUUCAAUUCUCAAAAGAAAUAUUUCAACCGAAAGAUCAUUUGCAUAUCGUCUUUUAUUUUGGAUUACCUUUCGUAGAUUAUUCUAAUGCUAAACAGAUGAAAGAAGUCAAAAAUCAGUGA